AAAAUGCGAAAGAUACUGUUGCUAGUAUUAGCAACAGCCGCGGCAGUAUCAGGUGUGGAUGAGUGGUGGCGUUCCGCUGUCAUCUACCAAAUAUAUCCACGAUCCUUCAAGGACAGCAAUGGAGACGGAAUCGGAGACAUAAACGGUAUAACUUCAAAACUUCCAUAUCUGAAGGAUACCGGAGUGGACGCAAUAUGGUUGUCCCCAAUAUUUCUAUCGCCAAUGUUUGACUUUGGUUACGACAUUACAGACUACAAGAAAAUAGCUCCGGAGUAUGGAACUAUGGAAGACUUCGACAAACUAAUGGCAGAGGCUAAAAAACUAGGACUCCGUGUGAUAUUAGACUACGUGAUAAACCACACGAGCAACGAAAGCGAAUGGUUCAUCAAAUCUGCACAGAAUGACCCGAAUUACGCAGACUAUUAUGUUUGGGCCCAUGGAAAACCAGACCCGAAGAAUCCGGACUAUUUGGGCCCUCCCAACAACUGGGUGAGCGUUUUCCGCAAAAGUGCUUGGGAGUACAAUACUGAGCGAGGUCAAUAUUACUUGCACCAGUUCGCCGUUGCACAACCUGACCUGAACUUCCGAAAUGCGAAAGUGGUCGAAGAAAUGAAGGAUGUUCUACGUUUCUGGCUGGAUAAAGGAGUUUCUGGAAUCCGUAUCGAUGCUGUCAACCAUUUGUUUGAAGUGGACCCUGCGAACUAUGACGGACAUUAUCCUGACGAGCCACUCUCAGGCGCGGCUGGAGCUACACCAGAAGACUACGGCUACCUGAACCACAUUUACACAAAAGACCAGAACGAAACUUAUGACAUAGUUUACGAUUUGAAAGUAAUUCUUGACCAGUACACUGAAAAACAAAAUGAUUCCAAGGUCAUGCUAACUGAGGCCUAUGCAGAUUUGCCACGGAUCAUGCGAUACUAUGGUGACAAGAACCGAAAUGGAUCCGUUCCUUUCAACUUCUUCUACCUUACGGAAUUGAAUAAUAAGUCUAAUGCAAGAGACAUAAAGAUGACUAUUGAUAAGUGGAUGACACAUAUGCCUACUGGGAAGGUUGCUAACUGGGUGAAUGGCAAUCAUGACCAGAGUCGUUUGGCUUCAAAAUUCGGUGUUGACAGAGUUGAUAUUAUGAACAUGCUGGCUCUCAUACUGCCAGGGAUCACCGUUACUUAUCAGGGUGAAGAGCUUGGUAUGACUGACGGUCAUGUAAGCUGGGAAGACACAAAGGACCCCCAGGCUUGCAACACAGAGGACCCCAUCCACUACUGGAAGAGCAGCCGAGACCCCGCGCGGACCCCCUUCCACUGGGACGCGACCGCCAACGCGGGCUUCUCCACUGCGAGCUCCACCUGGCUGCCUAUCGCCGACAACUACAAAACUGUCAACGUCGCUGUCGAGAAGGCGGCCACUAAGAGUCACUACAAGUUCUACAAGGAAGUUGUUGCUACGAAGCGUUUGCCAGCUGUCCGCUCCGGGGAUCUAGAAGUGCGCGCUCUCUGUGACAACGUUGUAGCUGUUGCUAGGUUCCUGCCCGGCCACCCUGCAGUGGUUGGUGUCAUCAAUCUGUCUGACGCUGAGGUCCCGGUAGAUCUCAACUCUCUUCAGCUGCUACCACGUGAUCUACAAGUGGAAGCAUCCGGAGUUUACUGCAAGCUGGAGAAAGGAGAAAAGCUUCAGAAGGGUCAAGUAACUAUGUCUCCACACUGUGCCCUGGUCCUGUCUUCAUCACAGAAUUGCUGUUCAGCAUCGAUAUGA